AUGAUGAUGGCCAGUGCGAAAUUAGUACGAGAUUGUAGUUCAGAUCUGGGCUCUGAUAUCCGGUCCCUGUCGGUGGUUUCAUCCUCGGAAGAGCAAGAGUCCACCACUGCGACGGAAUCUGACUAUUCAGAGGAGGAAAAGGAAUAUGAAUUAGAUGAUUUGCAAAUUUUAAAAACUAUAGGAACCGGCACAUUUGGCCGCGUCUGUUUGUGCCGAGAUAAAGCAGCCGAUGAAUAUUUGGCGAUGAAAAUCCUUUCCAUGGCCGACGUGAUUCGACUAAAACAAGUCGACCACGUCAUGAACGAGAAAAACAUACUCGCUGAAAUAAAUCAUCCCUUUAUUGUAAAUUUGCGAUGGUGGACUCAUGACGACUCUUGCCUCUACAUGCUGUUCGAAUACGUCUGCGGUGGCGAACUAUUCUCUUACUUGAGAAAUGCUGGACGCUUCAGUAACAGUAUCGGAAAUUUUUAUGCGGCAGAGAUAGUCUCAGCGCUCGAGUACCUUCAUGCAAGGAACAUUGUGUACAGAGACCUUAAACCGGAGAACCUGCUACUAGCGAAAGAUGGCCAUUUAAAGAUCACUGAUUUUGGAUUUGCGAAAAAAUUGACAGAUCGCACAUGGACCCUAUGUGGAACACCGGAGUACCUUGCGCCCGAAAUUAUACAGAGCAAAGGACACAAUAAAGCUGUUGAUUGGUGGGCAUUAGGUGUGCUUAUUUAUGAAAUGUUAGUUGGUUAUCCGCCAUUUUACGACGAUAACCCAUUCGGAAUAUAUGAGAAAAUACUUAACGGGAGAGUUGACUGGCCUCGACACCUCGACCCCAUCGCCAAGGACCUUAUUAAGAAGCUUUUAGUGCAAGACCGGACAAAAAGGCUCGGUAAUAUGAAGUGCGGAUCUGAAGAUGUUAAAAGGCACAGGUGGUUUAAGCAUUUGGAUUGGGCCGAUGUGUUUAUGAAAAAGUUGCAGCCUCCCAUAAUGCCAACUGUGUCAUUUGAAGGGGAUACUUCGAACUUCGAUGAGUAUCCUGAGACGGACUGGAAGGCAGCGCGAGCCCUCGACCCUGAUGAACUCAAAUUGUUCUCCAACUUUUGA